CUGUGUUGCCUUUUUCAUUUCCUCCUUUUUAAUCGUUUAUUUCUUUUUUUAAAUCACAACGUCCAUCAUAAAGGCAGCUUUCUACUAUUCUCUGGCCAUCGACAUUUAUACGGAUAAAUUUACAAGAAUAUCACAUUUUGUGAAAGGGUUAUAGCAAGUAUAAACUAAUGCCAAAUGAUGCACAUAUCUUAUCGAAAUUGCAUACCAACAAAAAGAAUAGCAUCGAGCAAUUACUAUACUUAAGACAGCCUCGUAAAUCCUCGUCAACAAAAACGAGCUGUAUGAGUGAGUCCGUGAACGAAGAAUCAAUGGAUGAUAGACACUAUAAAAAAAAACGGCGGUUUCGCUGGUCGACUUGCUUUUCAAUAUUGACGAGCAAAAUUACAAAAAUAAAAUUGUCUAUGGCAUCGUCGUCUACUUUUGAUACUACUUCGAAUUCAACUGCAUCUAAAUUUGGAAUAGAACGUUAUCAAUCAUCCCAUCAACCAAAUCUGUACACUGUUACAGAAAACACAUUACGAUCAAACCAGCAACAGCAGUAUCAGCCAGUAUCUCAAAAAAGGCCUGUAUCAACACCUCUACUUACUAGUACAGUAAUUGAUGAUAAGUUUGAGACAAAGCUUUGGAGUUUACAAAAAAACCAACCAUCACAGCAGCAGCAGCAGCAGCAGCAGCAGGAUUCUAUUGCAACUUCUCAUCAGUUAGCUUCACUUUCUCCUCCUCCAAGACAGAACAUAAGAGCAAAAAGAGAAAACUGGUCUCAUGACUAUAGUGCGCAUACUGACGAUGGAAGACCAUCCUAUGAGAUAUCCUUAAUAAAAAAUACCCCGCAACAAAUAUCCUCAAAUCCAUCCACAGCAUUUUCAUCUUACAGCAAUACUAACGGAAGAUCUCUAACAGAUCCUACACUGACUCCUCGUGUUCGACCGGUGACCGCCAUCACAACUACCAUUAUCUUACCAAGAACAAAUACAUCAACAGUAAAGCGAACAUCUCUGUUACGCUUGUCGUUAGAUUCGCAUCUCGCCUUAGAUGACUUGGAUACCAAUAGCAGUACUAGAACGAAUAGUACCAGUAGUCACUCAAGUAAUAUAACUUUCUUUGGACCUACAGCUGCCACGAAGAUGCCUUAUAGAAAUGGUACGCUAGGUGCCAUUACUCCUAGUUCAGUGGAACAAGCUAUGCCAACAGCGGCUGAUGAAGCUUGCUCUACCAAUGAUUCUUUGAUGCUGUUGUCUUCAUCUCCUCCCCCACCCUUCUUCUCCGGCAUUUCAAGCCGACCUCAAUCUCAUUCUUCUAUCAAAACACACUUUUCAAAUUUUUCUAUUGUAAACACAUCUAUUUGCUUGCGUGCUAACGAUGAAUCUUUAAAUGAUGAUGUUGAGCAUAGUCAGCUGCAUGAUCUUGACACUUGUCAACUGCAAAGCAGAUCUCAGAUUUCCGAUCGUCAUAAGAAUCAAAUAACUACUACUGCUGUAGUGCGGCGACGCCCACAAAGUGAAAUUGAAUCAAUCAAAGAGAGAAGGCGCAAACGUAGCCCACUCUCUUUGCCAAAUACUGAUCAACUUACACUAGCUAUGGAAAAGUUGUUGAUCAACAGAUAUGGAGAGCAACACUGUGAAGAGAAAACAGGUUCCAGUACGAUAACAUCAAUACGAUCGAGAAAUAAGAAAUAUCACAGCGACCUCGUUUGUUAUCAGCAACUAAAAACGGCGGCAGUAGCAGCUCAUACAAAUAGUAAAAAUAGUGAUAGUACGACAUCGUCAUUAUUGCUACCGUCUGAUAAAAGGCGUUCUUUUGUUACUACUGCUUCUGUUGAUGACAUGCUUUGGUUUGGCAGCAGCAGUAAUUCUCAGGACUAUGAUGACUAUGGUAAUAAGAAGCGUAUUUCGUCUACUACCGUAGAGGAUGUGUUUUCUACUGAAACAUCUACCAUGAUAUCCCUGCCCCCUCCUUCUCCAUCCAAUGUCACUGAUAAUUUAGUGGGUGAGCCCAUUACCAUUGAUACUGAAGACUCGCCUCUCUCGCCACCAUUGGAGACCCCUCCUUAUCAUCAACAAGCCGCUCCAUCCUUGAUCUCAGCAUUGUCAACUCCAAAUUCCUUUGAUUCGUUUGUGGAAGACCACGAGAAUGAUAAUUACAUUCAUUCGCCGCCACAUCCUUCAUAUUAUCCGCAGCAUUUAUAUGCUCCUUCUUCCAUCACUACUACUAGAAAUGCUCAUACUAAUAGUGCGUCUAUUUCUUGAUUGUACUCUUAACUGGUAGUAGAAACACUCAGAUCAUGAAGUUUAUUGCUAACAUCCUCUUGUCAUGCUUCAUUAAACAUAA